AUGAGAACCGGUACUUAUUCAACACAACCACACUUUGAUAAUUUAAGUUAUAUAUCGGAUGGUCGUGAUCGUAUUUCGUAUCUAAAUGAUCCCUAUGCAGUUUCAUCGCGUGAUGCUGUUGUCGAUCGCAAUGGAAUUGUUUUACAACCAAAAGAACUAAAACGAUCUAGGCAUGAUAAUAAUAUUGCUUAUAAGUUUCGUCCCGGUCAAGACAGUAUAUAUGCUUAUAGCAAUGCAGCAUUCAGUGAUUACAGCGGUGCUGAUUCCCGUGGACCAUCGAUGCGAUCAUACAUUGGAAAUUCUUAUAACUUUCAAAACCCAUAUAACACAACCAAACGUAAUCGAACAACAUGUCGAAUAUGUUCGAAAUAUUGGUAUAUAUUUGGAUUUCUAACUCUCAUUAUUCUUGUUGCUAUCGCUGUUAUUAUUGGCGUCCUUAUUUUUCGCUCGAAACAUAAAGCAAGGGAAUGUUAUUUACCAUGCGAUCCAAGUGACAGACUGGUUCAAUUAAAUUCCACUUAUUGUGAAUGUCAACUUAUUAAUGAAUGUGAAUUCGAUCCACCUGUAUGUGGGCUAUUUUCUUGUACCAAAUUUAAUGGAAUAGGUUAUGAAUGUAAUUGUACAACUGGCUUUCAACAUCCAUCUACGACUCAUGAUUUGACAGUUUGCGAAGAUACUAAUGAAUGUGAAAAUCUAAACACCUGUGGAGAACACCAGCUAUGUCAUAAUACUAUAGGAAAUUAUACAUGUUCGUGUGAAAACGGCUUUGAAACAAUUACAACACCCGAUGGAAUUGCAUGCCAAGAUCAAGACGAAUGUACCGUCCCUAAUCCAUGUUCAAAUGCUCGAUGCAUCAAUACUAGCGGCAGUUUUAAAUGUGUCUGUAACUCAGGUUUUGAACCUGAGGUAAGCAAUCCAUUGCAUUGUGACGAUAUCGAUGAGUGUUUACGUUUCAAUCCAUGUACUGAUCAUAAUGAAAUAUGCGAAAAUACAGCUGGUUCAUUUCUGUGUGGUUGUGCUCAAGGAUAUCGACGAAAUGAACAUGGAAAUUGCACAAAUAUUAAUGAAUGUGCUGAAUCGACUGCCGCUUGUGAUAUUAAUUCUCGAUGUGAAGAUCGAAAUGGAUCUUUCGUAUGUUGUAUAAAUACGAUAACAGAUGAAUGUAUUGAAUGCGGUUAUGAUUAUUUAAGUCCGAGAUCAGUCGUUAGUAAUCCUGUUCGAAGUAAACGUAUGAUUGAUGGGCAACCAGUUGAAUCAGGACGUUUUCCGUGGAUUGCUGCUGUAUUAAUUAAACAACAAUAUUCUAGCAGCGAACCACGUUAUGUUUGCUCAGCUACUCUUGUUUCUAGUUGGAACGUUAUUACUGCAGCUCAUUGUCUCGAUGAACAACAUUUUCGAAAACAAUGGGAAAUCACAGGCGAGCCGAGUUCAUUUAAAGAUAUAUUUGAUAUUCGUAUCGGUGUACAUAAUCUUAGUUUGAACAGUACUGAUUUUAUUCAAAGUCAAUCAUAUUCAAUCGAAAAUUUUACUCUGCCGUCGAGAUAUCAAUCUCUCAGUUCAGAAUCAGCUACUGUGCAAGAGGAUGUUGCAAUAAUUAAAUUAACUAAACGUAUAGAACGUUCAUCGAAUACAGAUUGGAUUUGUUUACCAACUAUGAUUCAUAUUCAAGAUCAAGAUAGAUUGAAAGUGGUUUCAUACAGUAAUAUUGAUGAUAAUUUAAUUCAACAGCAAUUAGAUAUUCGCGUGCUAAACAACGAUGAAAAUAAAACUGAAUGUCAACGACAACUGGGUGAUAUUGCUGAAGAUGCUUUCUGUGCAAUAAGUACAAAUCAUACCAGUGUAUUAGGCAGAGGUGAUUCCGGCGCAGGUUCUAUGUUAUUCAGUAGCAAUAGUCGUUGGCAUCUUGCAGGUGUAAUGUCAAAAACAGGCCUACAAAAAUCAUAUUCAGCUAUGACUAAUGUGUCAAGGCAUAUUGGAUGGUUGACGUCUCUUGUGGAACGCUAG